GCCAUAUUCCUUGCCCUUGGGUAUAUGUCAGUUUCUUCUUCCCCUUUACCCCUUUCUUCCUUCCCUCUCCUUGUUUUGGUAAACUACUUCUGCUGCUCAACCUCUCCUUAAAACCCCCUCCUUUCUUUCCCCCACAAUUCCCAAACCCACAAAACAAAAUCCCUCCCCAUUUCUUCUUGACAACUUCUCCAAAUCUUCCAUUGCUGACAAGGGGGGAAACGAAUUCAGAUCAUACCAUACCCUUAUGACAAUGGCGUCGACAAAGAUGAAGAAGAGGCAGAGGCUAUCCCCUUCCUCCUCGACCUCCUCUCUUUCUUCGAUUUCGUCCACUUCUUCCUCGUCUACUGUAACAGCUGCAGCAGCGGCCGCCGCUUCUUCUUCCCCGUGCUCCCCUUCUUCCUCUACUUCUACAUCUUGCUCCUCCUCGUCCCCGUGUUGUUCCUGUAAUGCUGCAAUCAACAAUCAUACUCCACCUCCCGUCGCCGAAUCGCAUGAAUUGGAAUUGCAAGUGGAAUUGGAAGUGGAAGUGGAUGCGUUACCCAAAUCGAAACGCCGGAAAAGAACCCGCUCCACUAAAGCCAAUGCCGCUGCUGCUGAUCGCCGAAUUAAGAAGGAAAGUAAAAACAAGAAUGAUGGGGAGGAGGAGGAGAAGAGCAUUGGUACUGGAGGAGGAAGCAGCCUUCCCCUGCCUCCCCACCCCCCAGGGAGAAGAAGCUCUGCUUUCAGGGGAGUCACCAGGCAUAGAUGGACAGGGAGAUUUGAAGCGCAUCUGUGGGAUAAGAGCUCCUGGAACAACAUGCACAACAAGAAGGGUCGCCAAGGUCAGUAUGGGGCAUACGACGAUGAGGAAGCAGCUGCCCGUACCUACGAUCUUGCAGCCUUGAAGUACUGGGGUCCCGGAACCACCUUGAAUUUCCCGGUGGAAGGGUAUGAGAAGGAGAUGGAGGAGAUGGGGAAGGUGACCAAAGAAGAGUAUCUGGCGUCACUCCGGCGCCGGAGCUCCGGCUUCUCCCGAGGAGUGUCCAAGUACCGGGGAGUGGCGAGGCACCACCACAACGGGCGGUGGGAGGCGCGAAUCGGGCGGGUGUUAGGCAACAAGUACCUCUACCUUGGCACUUUCAACACUCAGGAAGAAGCGGCAGAGGCAUAUGACUUGGCUGCACUCGAGUACAGAGGAGCAAACGCCGUCACCAACUUUGACGUCGCCAAUUACGUCGACCGCCUGAAAGCCAAAGGACUCAACGUCGACCAAUUCAUCCACCCGUCUCCUCCGCCCACCACAGCGCCGGAAUUGGAGAUUGACGCCGUCGAUGCAGUACAACCACCCCCUGCUUCACCGUCUCCGCCGCCUCCCCUGCCUUCGUUAGACGAAGAAGAGAAAGAAGAAACAGAGGCUGGGGCAGAGGUGGCGGCGAUGAUGAUGAUGAUGAUGCCACCACCGCCGCCGCCCCGCGGCGACAGUGACAGCAUGAUAGCAAUAGAGGAGCUGUUGGAUUUCGAGCACGACGACGGGAUGAGCGGGUGGAGUAUGUGCUUGGAUUACCCGGAGAACGCGGCGGUGGCGACGGCGGGUUGCGCAGGGCUGCCGGAGCUGUUUGACGAUGCGGGAGGGUUCCAACUGGACGACAUUGACUACUUGGUGUUCGACGCGGAAUUUCUGGACGGUGAUGGUGGUGGCAAAGAUGUCGUAAACGACAAGAAGCCCUUGUCGGAUGAUGAUGGGUCAACCACAACGUCGGUUUCUUGUAACUAGGAAAUUAAGAUGGUUGUUAUUGGGUUUGACUGUGCGCUGCCGCUGUGUGUGUGGCGGGGAGAAUGGGGGUUCUCUUUGUCGGGAAUUUAUUUGGUUAGUUUGGAGCCUUUUGAUGAGUUGGUUUUCUACCUUUUGGUUGCUUGCUUGUGGGGAGAAUUGGAAUUGGAAGGUAGAAAUUUGUUGAAGGUUUGUUUUGAUCUUGUUUGGUUGUGGCCUGUGUUGGAUGUCCAUGACAGUUCUAUUA